AUUCCAUACCUCCACUGGCGUGGAAAGAAAGGGAAAGAGGCGAUGGCGGUCAUAACGGCGACCCUAACGGCGGUGGGCCCGCCGCCAAUCCCCGCCCAAAACCCCCUCUCCGGCCGUCGGAUCGCGUUCAGCACCCCGCUAACCUACGCCGGGCGUCUCGCCCGCCUCAUCGAGCUCCGCGGCGCCGCCCCGCUUCCCGUCCCCACCGUCGCCGUCGAGCCCACCCCCCACACCGUCGCCGCCGUCGAACCCUACCUCUGCGGCGGAACCCUAGACACCUUCGCCGCCCUUGCCUUCACCUCUCGCACCGGCAUCGCUGCCUUCGCCCUCGCCCUCGCCGCUGGCGGUCCACCGCCACUCGCCGAUGCUGAGGAGCCCUUCACGGUCGCCGCUCUCGGCAAAGAUGCCGAGCUUCUCCACGAGGGCGGGUUCCUCUCCCGGCUUUGCCGGAACACUAGCCGGAUUAAGGUUCUUGUGCCGGAGAUCGCUUCCCCGGCGGGUCUGGUGGCGGCGCUAGGUGACGGGUUGGGGAGAAGGGUCCUGUGCCCGGUGCCGACCGUCGUCGACCUGGAGGAGCCGCCGGUGAUCCCGAAUUUCGUCGUGGAUCUGGAGGCGGCGGGGUGGAUUCCGGUGAGGGUUCCGGCGUACGAGACUCGUUGGGCGGGGCCCGGGUGCGCGGAAGGUUUGAUGAAGUUGAAGGGACCAUUGGAUGCGAUGGUGUUCACGAGCUCCGCGGAGGUGGAGGGGCUGAUGAAGGGGUUGGAGGCGGCAGGGUGGGAUUGGGGGAAGGUGAGACGGCGGUGGCCGGAGAUGCUGGUCGGUGCGCACGGGCCGGUGACGGCCAAAGGGGUGGAGAGGUUCGGGGUUCGUGUGGAUGUCGUGAGCUCGAGGUUUAGUAGCUUUGAUGGAAUCCUGGAAGCUCUUGCUUCAAAGUUGCAGGCUUCUACUGUAGAAAGAUGAGAUUGAGUUUAGUUAGCAUCUGGCUGGUUAUUUGAUUCUUAUCGCGAAGAACUUCAUUGCACGAACCUUCAUGCAAGACUGACUUAAAUUUGAUCUCUCAAGACAUGAAUUGAAAUGCUCUCAUUGGAAGCCAAGAAACCAAACUGUGAGUCAUCGUAACACAGUUAUGACUGCACAAAGGUUGAACUUUGUGUAUAAAGCAGGCCCAAGCUAAAUGGGUUGAGGGCUGUUGGUUUCAGUGUUUAGAAAAGUUAGUCUGGUUAUUCAGAAACAGACUUCAGUUGAUGUGAAAUAGUAUGGUUUCCUGGAUCUAUGAUGGCAGAAGGCUUUCCCUGCUCCACAGAUUAUAACAUAUGAAUGCCCAAGAUCUCUCUUAUUGAUGGCAAAUUGAAUCCUGCAAGAUGGUCCCUCCAGUUUUCCUCUUGGUAGCAUAUUAGGAUGCUUUUCUUAGGGAAGGGCAUGUGCAGUUGAGAAGUACAUAUGUUAUAAGAUUGUUUCUGAUAGUAUGAAGAACAGAGGUUAAAUAAUUUUGGAAGAUGCAAUUUGUACAACUAAUUGUAAAUGAUGUGUUAAUUUUGUGAAAGAUCGUGUAAGUACCUUUUAAUGUUUCUAUUCCUUUUUAAGCAAAAUGUUUCUAGUCUUUUUGUUCCUUUAAUAA